AUGGCCCCCAGCGAGGUCCGCGGCGGUGACGCCGGCCGGUCCAACCGGGACAAGUGUGGGUGCGACCCCGAGGAGACUUCGUCCCGAGCCCGCGAGUCCCCGGUCCGAGAAAAAGCUGGAUACGGAUCGCCCUCCCCGCGGGGGAGUGACCAUUCGCUUUCAAGAGCGGGAGCCCGGGGCGCCGCUAGGUCCUGCCUCGCGCCGGCACCAACUACAUCCCCGGAGCGGAGCCCGCCGGCCCCGGGACGGUACGGAGCGCGGAGAACAAGUCCCUCUGGAGAAGUGCCUCCGCCGCUAGGGUCGUCCCCACUCCACCACCGAGGGGAACUUGGCGCGUUUUCCUCCGCCUCAGGACCCCCGUGUUUCAGCCUCCGCCCGCGCCAGCGCUGCGAUUGGCGGAGGUGCCCUUCGGAAAUGCCGGUUCCAGUCUCCUCGAGGCACAGACCCCGAAGACAGGAGCCGCCCCGCGACCUCCGCUAG